AAAGUAGAGUCAAAAUAAUUAAACAGCAACAAAAUCAAUUUAUAACCUCAAAAUCAGAAAUGAAAGAAGUAAUUAGAGAAUAAUAAUCAUCCCUAAAAAAGAGGACAAAGAUAUAAAAGAAUAGCCUCCAAAAUUAAGAUUCCAACCAUUAUUUACCUUAUAAUGAAGGGAUUUUUUGACCCUCUUCGCUGGCAAAAAUUAGCAUUAACAUCCCUUAUACCCCUUCUCUCAAAUUUAGAAGAGCCUUAUCUAUUACAUAAACGUCUCUAUUUCUUAAUUUUUGGCUCUUCUCAAAGGAUUACAACGUAUUGUAAUUCAUCACAAAUAUGCUAAGCUUCAAUAGAAUCCUUCUCCUUGUCAUUGCCAUAUUUUGCCUUGUACUCUCGCAUGAGUGGGAAGUCUGCAAUGCAAAGCUUCACAACCACCACCACCACCAACGUCGUCAUCAUCUCCAUCGUCGCAUCUUUUUGGGUGCAAAAAUAGAUUGCAAGGAAAGGUGUCAUAGAAGGUGCAGUGUGGCAUCAAGAUACAGAGUAUGCUUAAGAGCAUGUAACACUUGCUGCCAACGUUGCAAUUGCGUGCCACCAGGAACUUCUGGCAACGCUAACUCUUGUCUUUGUUGGGCUAACAUGACCACCAAAGGAGGCCGCAAGAAGUGCCCUUGAACCUUCAAAGGACUUUGCUUGUAACAUUAACUCAGCACAAUAUAAUGCAUUCAAUUAUUUUGAGCUUCACACUUCAUAUUUUUGUGGUAGAUUUGUGUUGUAUGUUGCAUACAAAAACAUUGGGAGACGAUGAGCUGAGAAUUAGGGGUUAUAUUAUUUCUACACUUAUUCUCCACUUUUAUUUUAUUGCUUGCCCCCCCCCCCCCCCAAAAAAAAAAUAAAAAAAUUGUAAUGAUGUUGAUGUGGUGUUAUUUUUUGGAAAUCAAUCAAUGUGGUUUAAUUUU